AUGGCUCCAAAUAAGUUCAACUAUCUCUACUUAACCACCACCCUCCUCCUCCUCGUGGGCCCGACCCAAAUUCCACGGACCGAGGCCCGAUUCGCUGGCGUGAACCCAUUUUGCCGCACGUCCAACUACCGACGCAUCUGCACCCGAAUGGUCAACGGUGCAUCCACGCAAACCGAUGCAUCGGUCAAUGCCAUGCAGUCGGCUCUGGACCUUGCCCGACGAGUGCGGGCCCUCGUGCCUCUCUUGAGGCCCGCAGUCGCGGGCCUGUCCCCCGCCACGCAGGAGUCGAUACUCGCCACGUGUGCAGAGGAUUUCGAAGGGAUAGCCGAUGACUUGGCGGUGAGCAUCGAGGCCCUAGCUGCCAAUGAUGUCGGGACUGCACGGUCCCACCUGAGUGGGGCCCUGCGGUCCGACUGCAAGGAUGCGAUGAAGGAGUUCGGAGCCGAGUUCCCGCUAAAUAAGUUCGCGCGCCACCUCAGCCUCCAGGUGGACAACUGCCUAGCAGUUCUCAUGCAAAAUUGA